CUGCCUCCAAACCCCAAACAGGGCCUUCCCACUGGGAACGCACGCUCACCUGUGGGAAGGGCCUUGCAAGAGACCCUUGGGCCUCUGACCUGAUCGUCCAAAGAGAAGAAAGGGAACCUCAGCAUCCGUGCCCCCCAGCCCAGCUCUGCAGAGAUGCCUCCCCAGCUCUCAGACGGCCUCAACUACUCAGCCAAAAUCGUCCGGGGCUCCCUGGACAGCCUGCCCCAGGCUGUGAGGGAGUUCGUGGAGAGCAGCGCCAAGCUGUGUCAGCCUGACCAAGUCCACAUCUGCGAUGGCUCCGAGGAGGAGAACCGGCAGCUGCUGAGCCACAUGGAGGAGGAGGGUGUGAUCAAGAGGCUGAAGAAGUAUGACAACUGCUGGUUGGCUCUCACGGACCCCAGGGAUGUGGCCAGAAUUGAAAGCAAGACGGUUAUCAUAACUCGAGAGCAAAGAGAUACGGUGCCCAUCCCCAAAACCGGCCUCAGCCAGCUGGGCCGCUGGAUGUCCGAGGAGGAUUUUGAGAAAGUGUUCAACGUCCGAUUUCCAGGGUGCAUGAAAGGUCGCACCAUGUACGUCAUCCCGUUCAGCAUGGGGCCCCUGGGCUCUCCUCUGUCCAAGAUUGGCAUCGAGCUGACAGACUCACCCUACGUGGUGACCAGCAUGCGCAUCAUGACGAGGAUGGGCACUGCCGUCCUGGAAGCGCUGGGGGAUGGCGAGUUCGUCAAGUGCCUCCACUCCGUGGGGUGCCCUUUGCCUUUAAAAAAGCCUUUGGUUAACAACUGGGCCUGUAACCCCGAGCUCACACUCAUCGCCCACCUGCCCGACCGCCGAGAAAUCAUCUCCUUUGGGAGUGGGUACGGCGGGAACUCGCUCCUUGGGAAGAAGUGCCUUGCACUCAGGAUGGCCAGCUGGCUGGCCAAGGAGGAGGGGUGGCUGGCAGAGCACAUGCUGAUUCUGGGCAUCACCAACCCCAAGGGCCAGAAGAAGUACUUCGCAGCUGCAUUUCCCAGCGCCUGUGGGAAGACCAACCUGGCCAUGAUGAACCCUACCCUCCCAGGAUGGAAAGUAGAAUGUGUGGGUGAUGAUAUCGCCUGGAUGAAAUUUGACCAACAAGGUAACUUGCGGGCCAUCAACCCAGAGAAUGGGUUUUUUGGCGUCGCUCCGGGAACCUCUGUAAGGACAAACCCCAAUGCCAUCAAGACCAUCCAGAAGAAUACCAUCUUCACCAAUGUGGCCGAGACCAGUGACGGGGGUGUUUACUGGGAAGGCAUUGACCAGCCACUGGCCUCAGGCAUCAAGCUCAUUUCCUGGAAGGGCAAGGAGUGGGACCCCAAGGAUGGGGAGCCUUGCGCCCACCCCAACUCGCGGUUCUGCACUCCGGCCAGCCAGUGCCCCAUCAUUGACCCUGACUGGGAGUCUCCAGAGGGCGUGCCCAUUGAGGGCAUCAUCUUCGGAGGGCGUCGGCCUAUUGGCGUCCCUCUGGUCUAUGAGGCUCUCAGCUGGCAGCAUGGCGUGUUUGUGGGGGCGGCCAUGAGAUCCGAGGCCACGGCAGCGGCGGAGUACAAGGGCAAAAUCAUCAUGCACGACCCGUUCGCCAUGCGCCCCUUCUUCGGCUACAACUUCGGCCAGUACCUGGCGCACUGGCUCAGCAUGGCCCAGCGUCCGGCCAAGCUGCCCAAGAUCUUCCAUGUCAACUGGUUCCGAAAGGACAAGGCCGGCAGGUUCCUCUGGCCCGGCUUCGGGGAAAACUCCCGGGUGCUGGAGUGGAUGUUCAACCGCGUGGGCGGGGAAGGCGGUGCCCAACUCACGCCCAUCGGCUACAUCCCUGAUAAGGGUGCCCUGGACCUGCGGGGCCUGGGGGAUGUUGAUGUGAAGGAGCUCUUCCACAUCUCCAAGGAGUUCUGGGAGGAGGAGGUGGAAGAAAUACAGAAGUACCUGGAGGAGCAGGUGAAUGCCGAUCUCCCCCCGGAGAUCAAGAAUGAGGUCCUGGCCCUGAAGCAGAGAAUCAGUCAGAUGUAACUAGGUUCACCUGACCGUCCAACUCCAAUCCAUACAACGCACCAGGAACAGGAGACAUGGUGCUUCCUGAAUUCUCACCGCCUGCAGCACCACAAUGACCGCACCCAGGGGCUGAUUGAAAGACACACCUUAAUUUUUCAGAUAAGACCAUAUAGCAGACUGAAGCUAGUCACUAAUGAGGUUGGGGAGGGAAAUAGCAGGCUCCAGGAAAUAGCAAACAUUCAUGAUACAAUGCACUUUUGUUCAACUUAGGGACACUCUUCUUUGUCUUUUUCCUUUAGCUGUAUCAGUUAGCCAGAAUGCACAGAAAAAGACACUUGAGCUGUAUAUAUGUGUGUGUGCACAUGCGUGUGUGUCUGUGUACUGUUGUCUAAAAUGUAUUUAAUGACUUUGGAAAAAUCUUGGGCAAGAUUACCUACUAGUUGUUGCUAGAAUGUGAUGUUGCUUUCUUAUUAAUAUGUGUGUUUAAAUUAUUUUUAUAUACCCUGGUUCCUUACCUUUACAUAAUUUCAACAUUUCCCCCUAACACUACUUGGAAAAAAAAAAUCACAAAAUAAACUUUUAUAGAAAAGAUGAA